AUGCUCAUGAGGAAAGUGCCCGGCUUCGUGCCGGCCUCGCCGUGGGGGCUGCGGCUGCCGCAGAAGUUCCUGUUCCUCCUCUUCCUCUCGGGCCUCUUCACGCUGUGCUUCGGGGCGCUCUUCCUGCUGCCCAACUCCUCCCGCCUGAAGCGCUUCUUCCUGGCCCCCCGGACCCAGCGGCCGGGCCUGGAGGCGGUGCCCGAAGCCCCCGGGCAUCCCCCGGCCGGGGCGCGGGAGCCGCCCCCCAACCCGGCCCCCGCCGCGCCGGCCCCGGGGCAGGAGGAGCCCAGCAGCCUGGCCGGGCCCCGCAGGAGGAAAGGGUGGGCGCGGCGGACCCAGCCCCCCAGGCCGCGGGAGGAGGCCACGGCGGCCCGCAGCGGCGGCGGCAGCGGUGGCCGCGCCGAGGCCCCCCAGGAGGGGAGCCCCCCGUUCAGCUUUGACUUCCACGCCUUCCGGAGCCGCCUCCGCCACCCGGUCCUGGGGACCAGGACCCGCGGCAGCGAGGAACCCCAAAGCCUGGUGCAAACCCGGCGGGAAAAGAUCAAGGAGAUGAUGCAGUUCGCCUGGCAGAGCUACAAGCGUUACGCGAUGGGGAAAAACGAGCUCCAGCCCCUCACCAAGGACGGCUACCAGGGCAACAUGUUUGGAGGCCUAGGCGGGGCAACGGUCAUUGACUCCCUUGACACCCUCUACCUCAUGGAGCUGAAGGAGGAGUUCCAGGAGGCCAAGGCCUGGGUUGAAGAGAAUUUCCACCUGAAUGUGAGUGGAGAAGCAUCUUUGUUUGAGGUGAACAUCCGGUACAUAGGAGGACUCCUCUCGGCCUUCUACUUGACGGGAGAGGAGGUGUUCCGAAUGAAGGCCAUCAAGCUCGGAGAGAAACUCCUGCCAGCCUUCAACACCCCCACGGGAAUCCCAAAAGGGGUCGUGAACUUCAAAAGUGGCUCCAACAGGAGCUGGGGCUGGACCACGACCGGGAGCACCAGCAUCCUGGCAGAGUUUGGAUCCCUGCACUUGGAGUUCUUACACCUCAGUGAGCUCUCCGGCAACCAGGUCUUCGCUGAAAAGGUCAGGCACAUCCGGAAGUUCCUCAGGAAGAUCGACAAGCCAUUCGGCCUCUACCCCAACUUCAUCAGUCCAGUGAGCGGGAACUGGAUACAACACCACGUCUCGGUUGGAGGACUCGGGGACAGUUUUUAUGAAUAUUUGAUCAAAUCUUGGUUGAUGUCAGCCAAGACAGACACGGAGGCUAAAGACAUGUACUACGAAGCCUUGACGGCAAUAGAGACCCACUUGGUGAAUGUGUCUCCCGGGGGGCUGACCUACAUCGCCGAGUGGCGCGGGGGGAACCUGGACCACAAGAUGGGGCACCUGGCCUGUUUCUCCGGGGGCAUGAUCGCCCUGGGCGCUGAGGAUGCGGAGGAGGACAAGAGGGCCCACUACCGAGAGCUCGCAGCCCAGAUCACCAAGACGUGCCACGAGUCGUACGACCGCUCAGAUACCAAACUGGGGCCCGAGGCCUUCUGGUUUAACUCCGGCAAAGAGGCCGUGGCCACGCAGCUGAGCGAGAGCUACUACAUCCUGAGACCCGAGGUGGUGGAGAGCUACAUGUACUUAUGGCGGCAGACCCACAACCCCAUCUACCGGGAGUGGGGCUGGGAAGUGGUGAUGGCCUUGGAGAAAUACUGUCGGACAGAAGCGGGUUUUGCCGGGAUCCAGGACGUGUACAGCAGCUUCCCCAACCAUGACAACAAGCAGCAGACCUUCUUUCUGGCGGAGACGCUGAAGUACCUCUAUCUUCUGUUCUCGGAAGACGACAUGCUGUCCCUGGAAGACUGGGUGUUCAACACGGAGGCCCACCCGCUGCCGGUGAACCACUCGGACAGCGCUGGCAGGGUGGGGGGCCAGCUCUGA